UUUAUUAUUUUCGUAUGUACUUUGUGAUUUUAGUUUCAUAUAAUUGGAAUUUCACCAAUUAUAUAGCUAUAAAAAUUUCUAAAACAAUUCGAUUUCGUUGAAUAAGUUUGUAGUGGUUUAAAUGAAAGUGAAAUUUAUUGAAAAUAUUUAGAAAAAAGUCGAAAAUAUUGAAUUGAAAAGAAAGUGAAAUACUCAAUAUCGUCGACGCGGUCAGAAAUCAUUGAGCAAAGAAAAACGGCGCCAUUUUAAGAAUGUAAAUGCAGACGGAUAAAUUUGUAUGAAUGACGGAGGCAAAGCAAAAGCAAAGCACCAAACAGCAGUAUACGAAUGCAAGCGUGGAAAAAAAGCAAACGAAUAGUGGAAAAACUGGCAAAAGCAACAAAGGGAGAAAAGUGCCAGCAAAUAGAUGGAAAAAGUGAAAAGUGAAUCUUUGUAUUUUGAUGUAGCUAAUUUUUUCUUAUGAUUUUAAUUAAUUAGAAUAAAUAAAAAUUGUGUAAGCGUGUAAUGUGAGUAGAUUAGUAGUGAAUCAAUUAAUAAGGACUUAGAGUAAGUGUAUAGGCAGAAGAGUAAAGAAAAGGCAAAAAAAAUUGCAGCGCACGUAGAAAGAAAACGAAAAAUUGCAAAACGUCGUUUUUGCAUUACUAAAAUAUGAGCAAAUCGAUAAAUGAGCUAGGAGCAGAGAAUGUUUUGGGCACGCAAUCACAGGACGAGCAAAAGCAACCUGAAUCCCCUGGUGAAAAUGAGGAAUCCGAUUCGAUCACAGAUCAGUCGAGCAGCUCUUCAUCUGAAUCUACUACUAACACACAAAACUCACAACCAAAGACUUCAAAUUCUAAACGGAAAUCUAAUCCAACGUCUACGAAGUCGUGCUCCUCCACAGUAACACAAUUCAGCGUUCAACGUUCCGACGUAGACGGCUUACGUAUGAAAAUUUCUGCUAUACGCCCCACCACUGUGGCGAAAUCUAUUUCCAAUAUCAAAAAUUAUACCCCAACCACAGUGCCGGGAAGCAACCAAAAUUGCUCUCGAAGUAGUAGUGAAAAAAAGCAAAAAGGCUCACUUAACGAUAGGAUGCUUUAUAAUAACAAUAGCAUAACUAAACCGCUGACAGUAAAACUUAAUAAUAUAAAGCAAACUGUACAACAGUUAAAGGCAUUGACAGAGCCUACGCAAAGACGGUGUUCAGUCGGCCCUACAGAGCACCAAACGCCGCUUAGUAGUACCGAAAAGAUGCCAGUAGAUGUUGUGCAGCAGAAUAUUGGCACUGAAUCAAUCGAGGCUCAUAGUGGAAUUGGAAAUCCCAACAAUGCUGAGAAAAGCACCACCGCUCCCACGACCACUGCGCAUCCUAUUACAACAGCACCCUCAAUUGGGCUUCCAUUGGCGAUUCUGCUUCCACAUGCACCUUGUUUAAGCGACGCUACUGCAGAAUCUGGAUGCUCAGAGGCUACCACAACUACGAUUGCUGCUGGCACAGAGAAAUCUUUGAUGGGACGUGUUAGAGUUAAACGGAAAAAGGCACAAACCAAACAAGCGCUGGAAUACAAGAAACCCGCUUUAUCUGCGGCUGCAUCUGUUAUAAAGGCGGUACAGGCAAGUAAGCAACAUAAUCUCAUGACGUACUCUUCUGAUUCAGAAGAAGAUGUGUCCAUUUACAAGCAACAACAGCAACAGAAGCUACAAAAGCGUGCGCCGCGUCUCCUUCUUACCGCUAUCAAUACUAGCCUCGUUAGUGAAUCACAAAUAAAACCAUUAGCUAGUAGUAGCACAUCUGUGCUCGCAGCUGGGUCAGCCACUUUUAGUCAUGGCAGUGAUAACAGUGAUAACGAACUAAAACUGGACGAUGUUGUGAAUGCGGCCAUUAAACGAGUAGAGAGUGAUUGCGACGAUACACCAACUGGGCAAGAAGGAUAUCGCAAAACGCGUGCCAAGCGACUGCCACAGUACCAGUCGACUUUAUUACAAGAUUUCAUGGAAAAGACUCAAAUGCUCGGUAGCAGCACAGCAUCAACAAGUAUAGAGCAGAAAAGUCGUAAUUUAGAUCUGUCAGCGAAAACAGCGUCAUCAGUUCCAUUAAAAAAUAAAGUAACCUCUGAGGUGAUAUCCAGUUUCCCUUCUACGAACUCACCAUCCGACAGCAUUGCUUCUUGUGGAGUUGCCGUUGCAAACAGUAUAAAGAAGAAACGUGGAAGACCAAAAAAAUCCACUGUAACACCAGCCACGAAUACUGUACAGUCUGAUGUGAUUCCUGCUGCUCCCACACCGGUUAUUGUGGCAACUUCCGCCACAACAACCACCGCAAUCAGCGCGAUUGUAUCGAAUAUCAAUGAGUCUGCUGACUCUGGGGUCAUAUCUACGACUAGUAUAGCCACCGUCCAAAGCAGUACCUCGCCAUCGCCAAAACUUCCAUAUGUCAUGAGCAGUGGUAAUAGUAUUGCAACACGUUUGAGUGCAACAACACCGAGCCAAAAAAGGCGCCACCGUAUUGUGGAACCUUCUGAGAACGGCCGACAACCUUCUGUUUCGCCUUGCAAAAGUCAAACCCAAGAUGGUAGUGGGAGCUGCAGCGCAAACUCACCCAAACCAAAAAUCGAUAUUGCGUAUUUGGAUAAACGUAUGUAUGCCGCCACGGAGCGCGUCCUCUACCCGCCACCGCGCAAUAAGCGCCGUCAGUCAGUAAGCGUAUCAAGCGUAAAUACUCCCAGCAGCAAAAAUGCAGGAAAAUCAAUUGCCCUGUUGGCUGGCAGUAAUUCGAUAAACAAUCUGGUAGCGACUGUUUCUGCAAAAGUAAUAUCCAAAGAAGAGCUCCAGCUUGAUCCUGUGUGGCGCAAAAUAGAUGUGAACAAGAAAUUUCGCCGACCCAGCGUAAGUGGUUAUAAAAGCGAUGGGGGUGGUGGUAAUCUAACUAUUUGCAGUAAAAUACUUGCCGCUAAAAGUGGCUAUGUCUCAGAUUACGGUUCCUUUCAUGCGCGUGCGCCGCGAGAUCACUCGGGCUACAAAAGCGAUGCCAGCGGCAAGAGUCGUUACAGCAUGAAAAGUUGUGCUAGCCGACGUAGCCGGGCCAAAAGCUGCGGCUACCGCAGCGAUUAUAAAGAUGGCAAGGACGGCGCUUCGCUGAAAUCAUCGAAAUAUCGACGAAAACGGCGCUCGGCACUGAUGCGCGCACACUCCAAGUCUGUGGGAAAUUUAACUGCGAAUUUGAAUGACGUUGAAAAGGACAUACUCCAAUUGGCAGGACUUUCGCUCGGCCAGAGCAGCGAAGAGAGCAACGAAUAUGUUUGCAAGCCAAAUUUAGAGAGCUUGCCAACGACGAGUGCGUCGAAGAAAUAUGGUGAAAUUAACCGAUUCAUUGCAACGGGUGAAUAUUUUGGACGUGGAAGUAGCAACAGUGCGCUGACAAGCGGUGGUAAUAUAUUUUCAGGCGGCAUGCAUGACAAUGCCGAUGGUAGUGGUUCGCAAGACGGCUAUGGCUUCAGUCGCAAGCUUUUGCUGCAGCGUAAACAUUCUUCUGGUAUCGUGCGUGGUCCAGCUCACGAAAUGUUACUACCGCACGCCCAUUCUUCGCGUAAAAUAAAGUCUCGGCGAUCAUCUGUAGCCAGUUACUGCAGCUCAUACUACUCAAGCACAUCAAAAGUACGCAGGCGGCGCAGGCGCAAAAGCUUUCUACGGUUUCCAUCCUCUAGUAAAAGUGGUGCUAUAAUUGACUCAAAGCUACUUACUGAAAUUGAUAUACUUACUAACACAUUCAGCUCACGUUGCCGCAUACAAAGCGGAGCCAUCGGCAGCGAAAAGGCUACUGGUAGCAAUAGCAGCAGCAAUAGGGAUAAAGUCGUUGCAGAAAGUGGCGGCAAGCAACAGGCCAGCAACUCUGCUGCGUUGACAGGUAGUUUGGGAAAGCGGGAACAGCGCGACAAGCGGUCGUUAAAAAAGCGCAAAGUGAGCGAAAACCAAGAGUAUGGGCUUUUGUCGGGCAGCGCUGGUGGCGCAAGCAGCGGUGGUGGCUUUGGUGGUUCUACUAAUGUGGGCGGUAGUGGUAGUGGCGCAAAACGACGACACAAAAAGGCAAAUAGCAGUUCUAGUCCGGACGACCACAAGUUGCCACUUAAAAAGCGGCACUACUUGUUGACACCAGGUGAAAAGUCCACCGAGGCGGCGGCAGCUGCAGCAGUAGCAGCUAAACUUUUUGGCAGCACAGCAGUGGAGGCUUGGGCGGCUGCUGUAGCAUCAACUAAAUUAGCUUCUGCUAGUAAAGCGCAACACAGUCAACAGCAAUUUGGCGCUAUAUGUGGCAGCUCGGCGUCGCUAUCCGUCGCUGGUAGUACUCAUAGUGGUAGCACGAAAUCUUCGAAAACCGGUCUGACACCAAAGAAGCGUCACUUCCCUCAGCAGGAGGCGGAGGGAAGAGAGAGCGGUAACAACGCACCCAAGGGCGGUAGCCACAACAGCAAUAGCUCGCCUUUACGAAUUGCUAUCGAUAAUACGCUUAGUCAGAAAUUACUCGAUAUCAGUCCCAUUUCCCUAGCGGGGAGCACAAAACAGAGCGAUGUAGUGCACCGCAAGCGUUCACGGCUCGAAGUGCUUGUUUCGAAAAUAGUAGCCACUAGCAGCAACACCCAGUGCCAAGGCGAUGAAAAGGAAUUGCCUACCGCGGUGCUGACAAAACAAAAACAACAGUCGCCCAGCUCACACCUUAACCAACAUCAGUUAGCUGGAACACCGCCGCCUGGUGUAUUCGAGCCCUCUGUUGCGCUUGAGAUUCAAAUACCACCGAUAGUCAAAUUAAACGAAACGUCGAGCGGGGUUUCGAGCAUUCCGCCUGUCGUUGCAAAAGCUGAGGUUAAUUCACCGCUUAUUCUACAAGACUUAACUCCGCCAACUGUUACAACAGUCACAGCGAAAACUGAGAGUACCACAGCGCGAGUCGUUGAAACGUUGCUAAAUAAAUCGGGAGUAUCAAGUUUAAUGUUAAAACGUAAGCGCAAAAAGAUCAAUCGUACCGGGUUUCCAAAUGUUCGACGUCGCAAAAAAAGGAAAAUCAGUGAACAAUUGUUGCUAGACAUCGUGGAGGAUACAGUACAACGUACACUUCCGCUAAAAAGGCGCCGUCGAGGCUUCGCCAAACAGGCUCCACAAUCAAUCGUUUCUAUGGGGACUGGUGGCAAUGCGACUCCGGUACCUAUUGCCCAAGCACCUCCUACUUCAACUGGAUUGUCCACGUCUGAAAAGCCAUGUGAUCGUGUACCUGUCUCCGGUGAGGCCAGUGAUAGUUUCCUUGAACGUGCCAAUCGCACGCCGCGCCUAUCUGUGGUGGCUUUGGAGCGAUUGCGAGGCACGCCAACACCCACAGCUUCAGCAGCGGUGGCAACGCCAGCGACAGUCGCGGAAGAAGUAAUUGAGGAGCACAAAGAGAACUCAUUUGUGCCGCGUAAGGGUCGUGUGGGACGCAAAACGAAAAGUAUUAGUACUAUUCCAAAAGCAGGAAAUGAACAAACGCAACGCGCUAAAUGCGAAGAAUCGAGUGAAGCAUCAAAAAAACCAGCUGAAAGUUGUGAAAUAUCGUCGCGCAAACCAAGAGUGAUAAAUAUGCCUCCCGGUGGUAAUCAAACUACAGACGUGGAAGCUUCAGCAAGUACUCCCAAAACGUCUAAGCGAAUGAAGACCGCUGAGCCUAUUACUGGGGUUGAACCCGCUAAAUCGAUUCCAGCUGAAAAAGUACAACCUUUGGCUACCACAAACAAUGCUUUGCCCCGUGCACGUGGCCGCAAACCAAAAUUGUCAGCAGCUGCCAUUUUAGCCAGUACUUCUCCAAAUUCCUCCUCCUUCACUCCAGGUGAUCACCGAAAGAAACCUAAGGCCGAGUCGUCACAUAAAAGUAAAGAGCCAGCGCCACUUACAAAGCAAACCAGGAAAACGGGAACUACUACGUCGAACGCAUUGAAAACUUCAGACCGACCGGCUAGCUUUAGCAAAUCAACCGUACACAAAAUUAUUACUGCUAAAUCAUUAGAGGCGAAAGUUAAAUUACCAGCCGGUAUCGAUCCCAACACAAAUUUCAGUUGCAAAAUACGCCUUAAACGUCCCAGUACAGUGCAGCCCCCGCUUGCAAACGCAUUUCGUCAAAGUAUGGAUUCCAACGGUGAUGGCAGCAGUGUCAAGGAUGUACCACAAUCAACGCCUGAGGAAAUCGUGAUCGAAGCUGCCGCCAAAGAUUCAAAUAUCGACUACCUGGAGCAAAACGUAUUGCCGCGAAGCGAAACGCCCUUCAUCGAAUCGGAACCAGUUACAAGUGACACCAGUGAUGAGAAAUGCUCCAUGACUACGAACGCGACGAGUGCAAGUAGCACCAGUGUUGCUGCAAUACGAAAAGUUGCCCGUAUUAAGAAGAACUACUUGCCUGCUGGCCUCUUAUCCAACUAUUUUAAAAAAAUGCACACGCAGAUUAGCGUUAAGAAGUCGGCGGAGAAAAAAGAUGUUGGGCUGGCGCCAACAACUUCAAUUGCCGCUGUCGGAGAAGCCAGUACUGACCACACUGAAAAUAAAAAUGACAACACAAGUACCCCGGCAGCGCCUUGUCUUCCACCACCACCCUAUUGUGAGCAAUACUUCCGGCGUACACAAAUCGAUUUUCAGUUACCCUACGAUAUUUGGUGGGCAUAUACUAACUCUAAACUACCCACCAGAAUCACAGUACCUUCGUGGAAUUAUCGCAAAAUACGCACAAAUAUAUAUGCGGAUGCAGUGCGUCCCAAUAUGGCUGGUUUCGAUCAUCCAACCUGCAAUUGCAAACCGGACCAAGGCUGUGGGGAUAAUUGUUUGAAUCGCAUGGUAUACACCGAGUGUUCGCCUUCAAGUUGUCCGGCACGUGAAAAGUGUCGCAAUCAAAAAAUCCAACGACAUGAGGUAGCACCAGGUGUUGAACGUUUCAUGACCACGGACAAGGGUUGGGGUGUACGCACCAAAUUACCUAUUUUGAAGGGCACUUACAUACUCGAAUAUGUGGGCGAGGUGGUGACCGAGCGUGAAUUUAAGGAUCGCAUGGGCACCAUUUAUCUCAAUGAUACACAUCACUACUGUCUGCAUUUGGAUGGCGGUUUGGUAAUCGAUGGCCAUCGAAUGGGCAGUGAUGGACGUUUUGUGAAUCACUCGUGUCAACCCAAUUGUGAGAUGCAAAAAUGGUCUGUGAAUGGAUUAUCGCGGAUGGCGCUCUUCGCCAAGCGUAACAUUGAGCCGGGGGAAGAGCUCUCGUAUGACUAUAAUUUUUCGCUUUUCAACCCAUCGGAGGGGCAGCCAUGUCGUUGCAACACACCACAGUGCAGAGGAGUAAUAGGUGGUAAAUCACAACGCGUUAAGCCGCUGCUGAUUGAAGCUAAGCCUAUCGAGCCCACACAGAAAGAUGCUCGCAACGGACGUCAACGUAAGCGGAAGGCUCGCAAAAACACCGAACGCAUACACUCGAAAGAUGUGGUGGUGGCGCAUGUGCAGCAACUCUCCGAGAAGGAAAAGAAGUUAGUUAAACAGCAUGGCAUAUUUUUGGUUCGCAACUUUGAAAAGAUACGUCGCUGCAAAGCUCGCCGCACUGCAAACACCACUGGCGAAUUGAAGGUGAAUGUUAUUUCCAACAUGUCACCGUCUACUUGCGAUACAGCCUUCUCACCUACAAACUCCAAAAGCGUUGCCGCUAUCACAAGUCGUCGGCCGUCUACACCUGCGUCGUUGGCUGCGCAAAUUUCAGCGCUUCGGUCACCGCGUAGCAUAAAAACGCGCGGUCUUACCCAUGCCGUGCAGGACCCUGAAGUGGGAAAAAUGGCUAAAAUCUCUGUUAUAUUGCGUGAUAUUUGUUUGUCAUUGGAAAUGCUGAAAGACCCCAAUGAUAAGAAGCAGACGCUUGCAGCUUUGGCGCUUACGGAUGCCAAACAUACUGCCAACAUAGUUGGUGGCGCUGGUGACACUGUUAACAAUAGCAGCGUUAACGGUAACAAAAGAAGAAAAUCACUGAAAGGGCAAUCAAAGUCCACAACAAUGGACUUGAAGGUGAUGCAAACCAACGUCGAGCAAGGCUACUAUAAAAUUCCCUCAGAGUUCAAUGCGGACAUGCAAAAGGUGUUUGCAAUAGCGCAGCAACAUGCUGUAAAGGGUAGUCGCCAGGAGACAGCUUUGAAGGAACUGAUCGUUGCUUAUGAGCGCAUAAAACAAGAGUCCUAUGCCCGCAUGCUAGAGAUUGUCGGAGGUGAUGAAGCAAUUUUGAUGGGUUUCAUGGGUGAUCAAGCAGUGUUACCUUCAUCAUCACAAGUUGAUGAAGGAAUCAACAAGAUGGAAUCAAAUGCUUUCGACACGCCGAUUCAUGCAAUAACUGACAUCACCGCAUCUGUUAUUAUUCCAACAUCGAAUGAGGAUAUAAUCCGUUGCAUUUGUGGCUUAUACAAAGACGAGGGUCUAAUGAUACAAUGUGCGCGUUGUAUGGUUUGGCAGCACACCGAGUGCACCAAAGCCGACGUGAAUGCCGACAACUACCUCUGCGAGCGUUGUGAGCCACGCAUUGUAGACCGUGAAAUACCGCUGGACGAUUACACGGAAGAGGGCCACCGAUACUAUUUAACGUUGAUGCGCGGAAAUCUGCAUGUGCGGCAAGGUGAUGCCGUUUAUGUCUUGCGUGACAUACCCGUCAAAGACGCAUCCGGCAAUGUGGUGCCGAAACAAAAGCACACAUAUGAAACUAUUGGCAUAAUUGACUACAAUGAAUGCGACAUUUUUCGUGUGGAACGCUUGUGGAAGAACGAGGAGGGAAAACGUUUUAUAUUUGGGCAUCACUUUUUGCGACCGCAUGAGACAUUCCACGAGCCGUCGCGUCGUUUCUAUCCGAAUGAGGUGGUGCGCGUGCCGCUCUAUGAAAUCGUGCCAAUCGAACUGGUUAUCGGGCGUUGCUGGGUUCUGGAUCGCACAACUUUCUGCAAGGGCCGUCCAGUUGAAUGCAUCGAUGAGACGCAUUGCUACAUUUGUGAGCUGCGCGUGGACAAAACAGCGCGUUUCUUCUCGAAAGCAAAGGUUAAUUAUCCGACUUGUACAAAAAUGUAUGCAUUUAGGAAGUUUACGGAGAAGCUGAAAAUUUCCAAAAGUUAUGCGCCCCAUGAUGUUGAUCCAGCUUUGCUGAAAUCGAAACGUCAAAAGACUGAGAUUGAAACGGUCACUACUACAAGAAUCUCAGCCACUAGGUCUGUGACGCCUGUCACAGCUGCGAGUCCAACAGAAGUACCUACAAGUGCCGCAGUUAGCAGACAGAGCAUGAAUAAAACACCACAAAAUGGCGGCCGAAAACGGCAAAGCGGUGGUAGUCCAGCCCGGGUGCAUUUGAUUUCUCCAAUAAUGCCGAGCGUGCAGACCAUUAAACAAAAGCGUACGCGCUUAGAGAGUGUACUCAAGGCAAUGAAACUCAAAUGGAAGAAUACUCAGACGGUUGUCACCGAACAGCCCAUUGAUUUAUCAUAUUUACUAUCUGGUCGCGGUGCGAGGCAGCGAAAAACGCAAAUGAUGCCAUCGACUACAACUCUCAACCACUCAGCAACGGCAUCGACUUCAUUAACAACCACGCCAUUAUCAACGAUCAAUGUGUCGACUUAACGUAUCGUGCCUAAAAAAGGUUCGAAGUGACAGGAAGCCUAUGAGUUAUAUAUUACAUCAUAGAGUUAAGUUAUUUAAUGUAAGGAAAUAAUUCCAAGUUUAAUAAUGAGGAACAAAUGUAAAAAUGUAAACUAACACACAAAGCACAACAUGCGAUCAACAUAAAAUAUCUUAUAUGUAUAUGUAUUAUAUAAAUAGCAAUUUAAUAUUUAUAAUUAACGCCUAUUUGAUAUACAUAUAUGCAAGUACAUGCUUGUGUACAUACCAUACGCAUGGGGAAUCGCGCCAUUUGUGUGACAUUAACAUACAGCGUGGCCGUUCCACAUGAAUUAUUUGUUAUUUUCUGUUUAUUGAAUAUCAUUAUAAUCAUAUUUUAGCGCAUGUUUAGGAUAUUAUUAUAAUUAUUUAAAAUAUAGUAAUUUAAGUUGUAUAUUUAUUAAUGGUAAAACUAAUCGAGCAGUCGAUUAUAGACAAUUUACACUUUCUUUAUAUCCAAUAUUGUUUUGGAAUUGAAUUAUUUAUUUUUGACUAACUUAUUAUUUUGUUUUAGUUAUAUCUUUUUUGAAUAUCUCGAACUUUAGUUAUCUAGGGAUUGUGCUUUUAGAUACAUUUUCCAUACGGUUCUUGAAUUGUUUUAUUGCUUAUUAGUUGUUAGCAGCACGUAAAUAAUUUUUAUAAAAAAUAAUAUAAAAAUUGCCUUUUUUGCAAACUACUAACUGCUUGUCUAUUUUUAGACUAUGGAGGUUUCUCAUAUGAACUUGUUUUCUUCCAUAAAAAAUAUGUUGUUAAACUAUUGUAAAAACAAAAAAUUAAUUAUUUCUCAAAAUUUAACAAAAAAUAUAUUUUUUCAUCGGAGAUUCAAAACUUGUGUAUUUCUUAUCUACGUAUCUAAAUUAGAAGAUUUUAAAUGUAUGUGUGUAUGCCACUU